ACUAAAAAUGGCAACAAUAAAUUGACAAAUGGUGAGUUGAUGACUUCACAUCGCUGCUUAUAAAGAAACAAGUAACAAAACACUCCACCUCCAAACUCUCUCAAUCUUAGCAAAAUAUUCUUCACUUUCUAAAAGGAUAUGAACUUGAAGGCUUUGGCCUUAUCGAUCGUCGCCGCGAUCUCCUCGAUCGCGGCGGCCGGGUUGAUUAUAGUUGCUCGAAAAUACGACAAGAGAAGAUAUCAUCCGAUCGCCGGCAGCAUCUUGGACCAGCUGCUCAACUUCGGCAGACUUCACGACUACAUGACCCAACUCGCCGCCCGCCACAAGACUUACCGGCUCAUCGCCCCGUCGCGAAGCGAGGUUUACACGUCGGAUCCGGCCAACGUCGAGUACAUACUCAAAACCAACUUCCAAAACUAUGCCAAGGGAUGGCACAACCACAGCAUUCUAAAGGAUUUAUUAGGCGAUGGGAUUUUCACAGUUGAUGGCGAAAAAUGGAGGCAGCAGAGAAAAGUUUCCAGCCAUGAAUUCUCUGCGAGGGCUCUAAGGGAUGCGAGCGCCCUAGUUUUCAAGGAGAAUGCCGUAAAGCUCGCCGCCGUCGUGUCGGAAUCUGCAGUUUCCGGCCAACCCAUCGACAUCCAAGACCUUUUCAUGAGAUCCACUCUCGACUCCAUAUUUAGAGUCGCGUUUGGAUCCGACCUCGACUGCACGUCCGGUACGAACGAGGAAGGCGCGAGAUUCGGCCGCGCCUUUGACGCCGCCAGUGAGAUCACCGCGUGGAGAUACGUCGACGUGCUGUGGAGGAUCAAGAAGGCUCUCAAUCUCGGCUUGGAGGCUAGAUUGAAGGAUCAUGUUAGGGCUGUUGAUGAGUUCGUGUACAAGCUGAUCGACACUAAGAUCGCUCAUUCGGAACAUUACUGUAAAGAAGACAUCUUGUCGCGAUUCCUCAGCUUGUCUGGGGGCGAUCCCAAGUACUUGAGGGAUGUGGUGCUCAACUUUGUAAUGGCUGGCAAAGACACCACAGCCACAACUCUAUCGUGGUUCUUCUACAUGAUGUGCAAGCACCCUCCGUCGCAGGAGAUGGCGGCGGAGGAGGUUAGACGAGUUGCGCUGGCCGCGGACGAGAUCUCGGAGUUCGCAUCCGAUUUGAGCGAGGAGUCUCUCGACAAGAUGCACUACCUUCAUGCUGCCCUAUCCGAGACGCUCAGGCUCUACCCUCCGGUUCCUGUGAACCCGAAGAUGUGCUUGUCGGAUGACACGCUGCCCGAUGGCUUCCACGUGAGGAAAGGCGAUGUGGUGGCGUACCAACCGUAUGCGAUGGGGAGGAUGUCAUUCAUAUGGGGUGAUGAUGCAAGAGAGUUCAAACCAGAACGGUGGCUCGACGAGGGUGGCUGCUUCCGACAGGAGAACCCUUUCAAGUUCACUGCUUUCCAGGCCGGGCCAAGAAUCUGUUUGGGGAAGGAGUUUGCUUACAAGCAGAUGAAGAUACUCUCAGCAGUUUUGCUCAGAUUCUUUACCUUGAGAUUGAGCGAUGAGGCCAAAGCAGUCAACUACAGGACCAUGAUCAAUCUCCACGUCGACGGGGGGCUCCUUCUCCGCGCCCUUCCUAGAUCGGAUCAUUAGCACUCAAUCUACUGGUGAUACAUGAUAGAAAGAGUUAAUCGACAUGAAUCACGUCCUCUCACAAUCAUCCGUGUAUUAGAGAAAACGACGAACGUUACAACUAUCAUGCUAAGAUAAUAAAAUUAAAGCCUUGAUCUAAA